GUUGGACGCAGUGUGUGAUUCCUGCGGAUCGACGACUAUCCUCACGUCAAUUUCGCAGCGAUCGACCGACGCAUAGUACUUCGAUGGAGCUUAUUCGCGCGUGACACCAACUUUCGGGACACCAGGCUCGACUUUCGCCAGAUUUUGGUAGCUGUCUACAUUUACAUUACUGUGGCAGCUUUUAUUUUCCUACAUACGAUCAACAUGUUUACCACAUGACAUGAACUUCAUUUUAUGACAAGUACAUGAUAUCACUAAUAUUUAUGGAAAUUAUCUUUGCGUCACAUUUUAUGACACAAAAUAUGAAAAAUUUUAUUACAUGCAAUAACAAUUUAACAAGUAUUUAAUGUAACUUUUGACACCACAUUUAUGCUUUAUAAAUAUUUUUAAGUAGUGUAUGAACGUCACAUUGUCUAUGCAUUAAAGACAAUAAUAUUCACACAAUAAAGGGCCAUAUAGAGAAAAUGAAUAGCAGGCUUGAGGAACAGGAGUCAAAAUGGACAUGUGAAUAUUGUACAUACGAGAAUUGGCCUUCAUCAUUGAAAUGCACAAUGUGCAGGGGUGCCAAGCCUUUAUUAGGGGAGGAUAUUUACCGCCUACGAGAUCCAAGCCCACAAAGGUCUGGAUCAAACGUCGCAUCUGGUCCAGUAACUCAUUUAAGUCCAACAGAUUCUUACAAUCUUAGUUGUCAGAAUGUACCAUUGGGAAAGUGGUCUUGUGCAAUGUGUACCUAUCUUAAUUAUCAAAAUACCACACGUUGUGUUCAGUGUGGAAAUAGGAAACCUACAGGUCUCAAUCAGUCAAUCCACUCCGUAGCCUCGAAUUUGCACGAACAGCUAGCACCUCUUAGGCUAGGAGAUCCACCACCAAACUCAGGAUCAAAUCCUCCUCCAAUAAACCUACACCCAGAAAGAUAUUAUAACUUACAAGCAAAUUUACAUCCCGAGAAGUGGUCUUGUCUUGUGUGUACUUAUGAAAAUUGGCCAAAAGCCACAAAGUGUGUGAUGUGUGGUAAUCCUAAAGAAAAAGAUAGAAGAGACAGAACAACCAAUAACAUGGGUGUUAUUUUACCAAGCCCAGAAAGAGAUCAUAGCCAGCGUAACUUACCUUCUCCGCCUCAUGCACCUUAUAUUCAUCAAACCCAGAGGGAUGAGAAUUUGGCUGUGGGACGAAGGAAUUCACAUAGAUAUCCUGAUAGCAGAAAUGACAAUUUGUCAACUCCUCAAUCCCCUAAUAAUUGUGACUAUGAGCGUAGACUAAAACAGUUGAGGCGUCAUACCGAUUGGUGCUGGUUAAAUGCGUGUCUUGGCAUUGUGGAAGGUGACAAUGCUCCUGUUGAAGCUUAUUUGGCAAGUGGUGGUGAUCCUGCUCGUCAAUUGACGCAUUCAGAAGUUCUGCUUCUAAAUAGAAGUAGUGCUUUUGAUGUUGGACAUACCUUAGUACAUUUAGCUAUUAGAUUUCAAAGGGAGGAUAUACUAGCGACAUUAUUAUCACAAAUCGAGGGUUCUGGAUCUGGAGUAAAAAGAGUACCAAGUUAUGUCGCACCAGAUUUGGCUGCUCAAAUUCGCAGACAUGUCACUAAUAGUAUCCGGUUACGCAAGGGUUCUUUCCCAUGUUAUUUUGUCACUGAUAUAGCUACAUUUGCUUUGCCUGCUGAGGUUGAAGAUUUACCAAGUAUAGUGCAAGAACAGAUGUUGGAAGAGUUAUUAGAUAAAGAAGCUCAACAACAAUUAGAAGGUGGUGGCGGAGAACCACCAGCGCUGAAUUGGUCUUUAGAGAUUACCGAACGUUUAGGAAGUCGUUUGCAUGCACUUUGGAAUAGAUCCGCCGGCGAUUGUUUAUUAGAUUCGGCUAUGCAAGCUACUUGGGGCGUUUUUGAUCGAGAUAAUGCUUUAAGAAGAGCUCUUGCUGACACCUUACAACAAGCUGGUCAAUUUUUCUAUCCUCGAUGGAGAGAAUACGAAGCGUCUCAAGCAUCUAGAAUGUUGGAUUUUACAUUAGAAGAGACUCAAUGGCAAGAAGAUUGGGAAAGCUUAUUAGCAACAGCUGCUCAACCAGGAAGUGCUCUAGAGCAGUUACACGUAUUUGCUCUAGCCCAUAUUUUAAGGCGACCUAUUAUUGUUUAUGGCGUUAAAUACGUUAAAAGUUUUAGAGGGGAAGAUAUAGGUUAUGCAAGAUUCGAAGGUGUUUAUCUUCCACUUUUAUGGGAACCUUCAUUUUGUAUUCGCUCACCUAUUGCUUUGGGUUAUACACGUGGUCAUUUCACGGCUUUAGUUCCCAUCGAGCCAUACACAUCGUCUAGAAUACCACCUCUUUCAUCUCACGGUGGUGUAGGCUUGGGUGGUGGUAAUGGUCCACUUCAACAGCUACAAAUACAGAUGCAGACUACAUUCAUGCCUUUAAUGGACCGAGAACAUAAACUGUUACCAAUACAUUUUUUGAGUCUAGAAGAAGUAGGCCGAGAAGAAUCUAUUUUAAAGGAAUGGCUCGAUGUAUGCAGGACUGAAGGUGGUAUCCUUGUUGCGCAACAAAAACUACACAAAAGACCCUUAUUAGUAGCACAAAUGCUAGAAGAAUGGCUAAAUCAUUAUCGGAGACUCGCUCAAACUAACAACGCACCAUUUUUGAGACCAGCAGUUUUACAAGAUUACAGUAGCGAUGGAGACACAGAAGAUGAAUAACAAGGUGGAAUGUUUUAAGUUAUCGAAAUUCAACCGAGAAGACUUUUUCUAU